GUUACAGCCACGUCAUUUCCACCAAUAACAAGCGAAACGUCAAACCAGACAACUGUGCGUGUGAAAAGAGGAGGGAGAAAGGAGGAGUUGAGGAAGCCCUAUAUUGAGUGAUAGGGGCAGAUUAGGCCUUAUGUCACUUUGUGAGCAGUUUUUCUCUACAACAGCGACGAUAGUGGGUCUUUUUGGCCAGCAUUCAGCGGAGAUGGGAACAUCUGGUUACCGGUAGAAGACCCAAAACUAUUCCCACCGAAGUUGUUUACGUUCUGGACUGUGUAUACGUCGCGGCGGCGGUACAAUCUUCCAUACAAUUCAGAUCCUGCAGAUGGGUCAGGGCCUGUGGAGGGAGGCCAGGAACCAGCAGCUGCAGCAGGAGUACGGAGAGCACUGGGAUGCUGGACCUGGCCUUGACGGAGAUCCCCAGGAUUUGGGGAUGGAGAUGGGGGUUAACCCAGGCCAGGCUCCUCCCUCCCCCGGGGUGCGCGACCUGCCACCUCACCCCCACCCGCGGCGCCACCCCCAGCACUGCCAAGGGGCAGACAUCUACCAGCUGCUACGUGCCCGCCGGGGGAAGGAGCAGCAGGGUUUUAUAGACCUGGAGAUGCUUCCUCCAGAGCUCAGCAUCACCAUCCUGUCCUACCUGAACGCUACAGACCUCUGUCUGGCAUCCUGCGUGUGGCAGGACCUGGGCCACGAUGAGUACCUCUGGCAGGGUUUGUGUAAGUCCACAUGGGGUCACUGUUCCAUCUACAAUAGAAGGCUUCCCUAUGGCUUCUCAUAUAGAAGACUCUACAUGAUGCUAGAUGAAGGCAGUCUGACGUUCAACGCUAACCAUCAGGAGGGUAUCAGUUACUUCAUGUCCAAAGGCAUACUGGUGGACCACCCCAAGGAGCAGGCCAAGUUCAUCUUCUGCACUCGCACGCUCAACUGGAAGAUGCUGAGGGUAUACCUAGAUGAGAGGAGAGAUGUGUUGGACGAGCUGGUCACGCUGCACAACUUCAGUAACCAGUUCCUGCCUAACGCACUGAGGGACUUCUUCAGGCACAUCCACGCCCCAGAGGAGAGGGGCGAAUAUCUGGAGACACUCAUCACCAAGUUCUCCCACCGCUUCUGUGCCUGCAACCCUGUCCUGGUCCGGGAUGUGGGUCUCAGCCCAGAUGCGGUGUAUGUGCUCUGCUACUCGCUCAUCCUGCUGUCUAUAGACUUGACCAGCCCGCACGUCAAGAACAAGAUGUCCAAACGCGAGUUCAUCCGUAACACGCGCCACGCUGCCCAGAACAUCAGCGAGGACUUUGUCGGCCAUCUUUACGACAACAUCUAUCUCAUCGGCCACGUGGCGGCCUAACCGGGAAGUGCCGAGGAGUGGAAGUCGGUGAAUACAUGAACCAGUGAUUGCACUGAUAUAGGAUACUACUUUGGACAAUAGUUGUUGCUGGUCAUUCUUAAUAUAGGGUCCUGUACUGCUAGCAAUGAUGCUUGUUUCCAUACUGGGUGGGAGGCGAUCUCUUCUCUGGCUGUAGAGCCAAUGGAGACCAAGUAGCGUAGCGAUUUGGCCCGCCCACAUGAAGUGACAUCUUAAGGUGUGAGAUAUAGCCUCAGACAGGCUAGACGUAUAUUCAGCACACAAGUAGCAUACGACAAUAUAACCAACUACUUCCAGCUUAACCACGCAGAAGUGUAGCUCCAGUAUGUUAACGAAGUCGAGAAGAAGUUAAACAUAUGCUAUGAACAAGGACUGAAUAUUAUUACAGCAACAAUUAGCAGUUGUGGUUCACAUUAUACUCCGUUUUUGUUUUGUGAAUUACUCUUGAGUUUUGAGUUUAAUAUUCUGGCUUUCUUUUUUAAAUUAAUGUUUUUGUUGGAAUGUUUUUUACAAUUAGAGGAACUUAAAAUAAUGACUAAUGGGCUGGUAGAAACUCUACUGCAUUUUUGUCCUUAACUUUGUAAACUGGAUUAAAUUGAAUCGAAUGAAUGAAUUUCUAAGAGGCACAACAAUAAUUAAUCCAACCACAUUUACAACAUGGAAUCCUUUUAUUUUUAUCAGAGAACUUCAAAGGACUAUUUGCGUCCAUUCCAAAGUAUUUUAUGAGUUGUAAAGUAAUGGCCAUGGGUCAUACUCUGAAUUGAUGUGUGUGGAUGAGUAGAAUGUCCAUGGGAAUCUCAGAGCAUCCAAUUUUGAGUUUGUAAUGUGAACUCUCAUCUGCAUGCAUCUCGGCUGGGUCGUAUUAAUUAGUGUGCAAAAUUGAAAACGUUUUUCGCCUACGGAAAACGAAAAUAAAUGUUUCUUAUUGGACAAGUCCAAUUUUGUUCCUCAAUGUUGCAAUCCAUUUUUAUUCUAUUUGGUGCCUAAUGAACACACCACUGGUAAUACAGCUCUUGAUUGUUGAUGGAAAAAUAGGUGUCAAAGUUGAGGACAAUUGUUCAGUGAAUUUUUACCUCGGCCCAAGCUGGGAUAGGUAAUGUUGGUAAAUGAAGGUAUCUAUGUUACUUUAUCCUUUUGUGUUGACAAGCAUUCUACCCCUUCAAAACAGGCUGAAUCCCAAAUGACAUCCUAUUCCCUAUGUGUUGCACUACAGUUGAACAGGACCCAUAGGGCUUGUGUCAUAAGCAGUGCACUAUAUAGGGAAUAGGGUGGCAUUUGGGACACAUGCCGGCACUGACUCUAGCACCGAUGCCUGCGUUUACACAGGCAGCCCAAUUCUGAUUAUUUUUUUCCACCCAUUGACCUUUUGACCAAUCAAAUCUGAUCUUUUCACGUCCAGAUCUGAUUGGUCAAAAGACCAAUUAGUGAAGAAAAAGAUCAGAAUUGGGCUGCCUGUGUAAACAGCAUAAGUGACACCACAGAUAUGAACGUUAAUCUUUCCCACCAUCCUUUGCGGACAACAUUUAUCUUGUGAUUUGUUUUAUGUGUGUGACUCUGGUCUGAUGCCCCUUAUCAUGUUUAAAUCUUCCUAUUAUUCUCUAAUCUAUUCUAUGACUGCAACGUCACUCUUUGUCUCCCAACCUCUUCCCAGUGACUCGAAGGGCUUGAUUCUAUUUGCUACAAAUACCCAGAAAUAUGUAAUAUAGAUCAGACAUACCUCUGAUAUGUAGAAUAAGGAAUCAAGUCCGCUCUAUUCGUGACAUUUCUUUAUGCAGUGUUCAGUAUUGCACGUGACCCAGGACUACCAGAUUGUUUCUUUUAAUGAUUACUAACUAGUGAGCACUUUAACCAGGGGGUGUUUUCUCUCCACACUGCUGUCUUCUGAUUCAUAUAUAUAUAUAUAUAUAUAUAUCACACUAUUUAGUUUUCACAUAUCUGAAGGACUGUUUGUUUUCUAUCUGUUGUCUUAGCCAUGCAGUCUUUAUUAUUAGUUCUAGUGCCAAUAAACAAAAUGUUGAAAAUUACGACCACACUGACAUGUGAACCUGAGCAGAAUAACAACUGUGGUAAAUGUUUGCAUACAAUUGAUUAAACCCCAGAUUUGAUUUGCACAUGUAUAUAUUUAAGUGUAGAGAUUUAUAUAAGACACAUUUUAUUUUGACGUAUUUUAACAGAUUUCUUUCCUCAUAAGUAGACCUGUUUUUGCACUGACAUUUUGUAUGAGCACUGGACUGCAUGCAGAGAACUGAGUCUUUGCACAGUUCAUGUUCUCCACUACCAUGAUCAAUGAUCAAGUGAUUUGAGAUUAUUAUUGUAAUAUUUAUGAAGUGUUAAUUACACUUAGUUUAACAGCAGCAAAUGACAGUACAGACUUUUAUUUUCUUCAAUUCCAUGUACAUUUUAGUUUCCUGUGUGGAUUUAUGGAUUGAGAUUUUUAUAGACAAUUCCCUUUUCAACAGCCUAACAAAACCAUUUACAUCUGAGAUGGGUUGCUGAAUGACAACACUGGAAAUAAAACCUGUCUAGAUUGUAUACAAAUUAAACUCUGAGAAAAUAUUCCA